AAUCAUGUAAUAAGGGUAAACAGACGCCAAAGAGAGAGAUAGAAAUUGGAAAAUAACCCGCCUACUUCAUUUUCCACUUGCAUUUCCGGAAGAGGCCUUUAUCAUACACAGUUAUGAUUUUUUUCCACUGAAUAAUUUCACUAAAUGCAGCAUGCUUACUGUCCAUCUUGUUGUCAAGUAUUUCACCAAAGAACAUGAAUGCGCAGCAGCCUAUAAUAACCUUGUGUUGAGCCUGUUAGUUGUCCUCAUGGCAUAUAUUUCAUCACAUUUUUGCCACCUGUACCCGCAGCUGACAUGCAUCGAUGCAUUCGACAAUCACUGAAUCAAGAGCUCUGUUGUACAAUUAUUCGGUCUGUAUCCCAGCAUGGGCCCGGAAGUUCUUUGGGAUUCCCAGGUAAAAAAAAAAAAAAAAAAAAAAAAAAAAAAAUCCCGGAGAUGCUGUCGUCGCUUGGGAAAACAAACAGCUAUCCAGACAAUUAAAAGGGAAAACACCGAUCGGUCGCCAGGUAAGGAGGAGGCUUGUGGACUUCACCGCGGCGCUUGGCAUCUGGUGAGAGAAUGAAUGCUGAUGACUGCAAUGGACGCUCAUAUGCACAAGGUAAUGGAGGAGAGUCAUCAACCGAACAGGAUUUUUAUGGCGGGUUGCAGGGCCCUUCAGCGAGAUCUCCAAACAGUCAGCAGUCGUCACCACACCGCUCCCUUAGUGCAAACUCCAUCAAGGUUGAGCUGUGCAGCGAUGAUGAGUCACCAGGUGCUCCACAGCCAGAGAACAGAGAGGCUGUGAGGGACGAUAGCAGGAGGGAUGACAGAGGGGACCCCAUGGAAGAAGGGAGCGCAGAGUACGCUGGGGCUGGAAGAGACAGAGGGAGCGUUUACAAUGAGAUGGCCAGUCCAAAUGCUGCUUCACCAGGACCUAUCCGGCUGCCCAAUGGGAAGCUCCAGUGUGAAGUGUGUGGGAUGAUCUGCAUUGGACCCAACGUGCUAAUGGUGCACAAGCGUAGCCACACAGGUGAGAGGCCGUUCCAGUGUAAUCAGUGUGGAGCUUCCUUCACCCAGAAGGGGAACUUGUUGCGCCACAUCAAGUUGCAUUCGGGAGAGAAGCCUUUCAAAUGUCCUGUUUGCAACUAUGCUUGUCGCCGGAGAGAUGCCCUGGCUGGACAUUUACGCACACAUGCAGCUUCUUCUCCAACGGUGGGAAAGCCGUUCAAGUGUAGCUACUGUAGUCGCAGCUACAAACAACAAAGCACACUCGACGAGCAUCUAGAGCGCUGCCAUAGUUACCUGAAGAGUCUGGACCACCAGACAACAGUCAACGCACAGACAGCACAGGGUGAAGAGUCAGUAAAUAUGGAGACAAUUACUAAACCUGUGCUGCAGCCAUCCAGUGAAAAAAUCCAGUUUGUGGAUAGACUGGCUAUCAGCAUCACCACCAAACGCAAGAGGUCAACGCCACAGAAGUUUCUGGGUGAAAAGCACAUGAGCCUCGACCUACCUGAAGCACCUUAUGAAUUGUCCUCUGGCUCUGAGAAGGAUGGGGACCUCAUGAGCUCUCAGCCUGCUGGAGACUCUGCUGGUUUGGCCGGUUCACAUCUCCAACGCAGCAGGGCUAAAGGGGAGAACCAUGAGCCGCCUGCACUGUCUCAGCUCCAUCCUGCCUUCCUGUCGGAGCUACGCACGGUUAUGGGCUCCAUCAAAAGCAACGUGACUCCUCAGGGCCCCCGAGCCCAUGGUGGAGGUGGGCUGGCAGCGGUGUCUCUUGGCCUGGCUGGGCGGGAGGCAGGUGAAGGCCGCGAUGACCAGCGCUCAGCCCAUAGCCACACCACCUCACCCAACGGCUGCCCCGACUCUACAGACACAGAGAGCACAGCAGAAGAGCAGAGCACAAGGGCUACAGCCCCGACAAGUACCUCCAACAACCACCACCUCCACUAUCAAACCCCAGCACUGCCCCGCAGCCAUCCCACUUCCAGCCCCAGCCAGGCCAAAGACUCGGACCCAGAGUGGGAGAGAGCGUGUCCUGUACCCCCCAUGAUCGCAAAGAGGAGCCCUGUCUCGCCCCUUUCUUCCAGGGAGACUGUGCAGGUGUUAGACAGGGACGGCCGGCCUGUGCGCAACUUCCACUGCCGGCACUGUCGCAUCCUCUUCCUGGACCAUGUCAUGUUCACCAUCCACAUGGGUUGCCACGGCUUUCACCAACCCUUUGAGUGCAACAUCUGUGGCCACCGCAGCCAGGACCGCUACGAGUUCUCGUCUCACAUCAGCCGCGGAGAGCAUCAGGUGGGCUGAGGAGAGGUGCCCGCUGCUCUCUAAAGAUGUAGGCUCCUGUUUGUUCUGCACCAGAUCAGUUGCUUUAAAUCCCUAGUGUAAGUAAAAGGAUUUGUGGUUUUAACGUGAGAAUAUUUAUCAAACUAAAGCAGAUGCGAGUGAAGAAUCUUUUCACCGCACCAUUUAAAGUUUAGAGGAGGCAAAUUAUAUUCUAUGAUUGAUUGCACUCCCAUAUCAAAUCAUCUGGCAGAACUACUGGUUCUGCUUCAAAAGUGCCUUCUUUGGGGGUUUCCUCUUAACUAAAAAAAAAAAAAAAAACUGGAGGGGAUCUGGUGCUCAAAAAUCUUGACUAGCCAUCUUUUGCUAAGUGAUUUAGUUAGCACUUUUGAGAGUUCAUGUGCACAGGCAGUUAAAGGAAAGCAUGGCAUGUACAUUUUAAGAAUUCUAUUCGGUAUGCACUAAGAGCUUUGUUUUUGUGGUUGAGGAGGGUACUUUGUGUCGUGUGUCAGGUAAGCUUAAUAUGCACUGAGAGCUUUGUGCCUCUGGGUUUGGGAUCAGCUUUUGUCACAGACGAAGCACAGAAAUGGAUUGCCUUAACUCCUACAGCGGCUGUACGCUGCUGUAGGAAUACAUUGUUUACAGCAUGUGUGAAGUCACCUCAGAGGGGAGAGAAUAUUUUGCGGCUGCACGGCGAGACUAUCAGGACAAAGCAAAGUCACGAGGGAAAAGAACUUGAAAACGUUCAGGGGCCUUUAGGGCUCGUAUGUAAAAUAGGUUUUUGGAUUUUAAAGUGAGCCUUAGAAUACUGGUGCAGAUCAGACCACGAGCCAUGUAGUGUACAGUAAGACCCUGACUGAGAUGGCCUGGGGUGCUAUACCUAUACAGGAUUGCACUUUUAGGUUCCCUGCUUAUAUAUGAACAUCAUUGCUGAAGCACUUGAUGGCUUUACAAGUUUUUUUUUUCUGUGAUUGUUCUACUGCACUGAUAAAUCGCAUAAUACUCACAAUAAUCAUCUAAUUUGCAACACCAGUGUAUUUUUAAACGGAGCCGGCCUUCUACAGAAUCCCACAGCGUUGCACUGGUUUUGUGGUCUACACUCAAGUUUGCUGCAAUGUGUGACUGAGAAUUAGAUAUCAGUUCAACUACAACGAUUCUUUUGUGGUUUUGCACUCAGCAGUCGAGGCUGGGAUUUUAAACAAUUUGCAUCAUGUAAGUGGAUUAACAAAUUAAUUAUUUAAAAGAUUAAUUAACGAAUCAGUUUGGAUCUGUUGAGUUAUCACUUGUGAUUAUCUAUUUAGUGUUGUUUGUUUCAGCCUUGGUGUAUUUAAUCAGCUAUAUUCCAAAUCUUAUCCAGCAUAUUCCUCAAGUCCAUGAAAUGUUACCUCCUGCUUCUUUAUAGCACCCAAAUACCUUAUUGCUACAGUAUGGUGAGUUAUCUGAUAAUGUUAAUAUUGGGAACAUGAAUGAGACCAAACUCAGUAUUCUUACUUGUUAUUGUGGGUUUGCUGCUUCAUAGUUUAACUUAAUUUCCUUCGAUCGCAGGCAAAAAUAUACUUGAAACUGUUUGAGAAAAAAAGUAAAUCUAAAAAUGCACUUGGUUUGAUAAGUAGAGAAAUGUGUGUGAAUGGAAUAUAGCAUGUGUGCUUGUCAUUUUCUGCUUUUUCCCUGAAUUGUUACUUCUUUUUUUUUUUUUUUGAAAAUGUGAAGUAAUUUCAAGAAGUGAAAAUGAGGCAUGGGUUUUUGUCUCCUCGUGUGGACUUUUCAAUGUUAUACGAUAUUUUGUGAAUGAUGUAACAUGACAAAACACUUUACCUCAAAGUUAAAGAUGUACAACUGCCUCAUUAUUUCAACAAGUCAUGUUGCUUUCCGAGAUGUUCUUGCAGUUACAGAUGCGUGCCCCUCGAUAUUCUCAAAACUUUUUACUGUCAAUAAAGUUGA